GAGGGGAACUUACUUCCGGCACCAUCGCUGACGUCAUCAACUGCGACUGUUUUCAUUGCUCAUGCUUGACAGUAGGGAAGAACAACGUGCAGGAUUUAUUUAUUUAUUUUUAAAUCUCACUUAAUACGUUUAAAAACUCAAGAGGACUUUUCAUUCGGAUUAACUCCAACGCGGCGAUUUAGUCCUUUGUUUAUUCGCUUGAGUUGGGCUUGUGAGCAAAGAGCAUUAUUUUUUCAUGUUUGUAAAACUGUCGUGAAGCUCAUAAAGUUUCAUGUUAUAAUAAUAUUCCGUUAGUUUAAAUCGUAGAGAACAAGAAGUGUUUUUCCAGUGAGAUCGUUAUGGAUUAAAUAGCUCCCAGUGCCACUUCAUCCAAUCUGUUUUGUGUGCUUUGCUGGUGAUCAGGCCUGAGUUUCCCCAAAAGCAUCGCAGCACAAAGAUCAUCGUUAAAUGGUCGAGCGAGCAGCAUAAUGAACACACUCUCUCUCUUUCUUAGUUAAGAUGCUCUUAGCGUUAAGAGGCUUUUGGGAAACCCACCACAGUUUACUGUACACAUGGAUGCACAGCAUUCAGACUUGCAGGCUGUAUUCGCAGAUUUACAGUCUGGACUCGUUCCUGCUAUGAGUGCUGAGGAACUCGCAAGUCAGAUUUCAUCAGCCAUAAACCAUUAUACUGUAUCACAGUCUCCCCACAGCAUGACAAGUGAAGACAUGGAGAUGACUGGCAUGUUCCUGACACUCACUGGAAAAAUCAUCUCCAAGCUGUCUUCAAAAAGUUUGCCACGAGAUGUCGGCGUGUUCUAUGAUGAUGCCAUGAAGAGACUCUUUGGAGCCUGUGAUCUGACAGCUGACCUUGUGUGUCUGAUGAACUGCCAGGACAGGAUGUUGUCUCAUUUAGCUGCAAAAUGCAUGGCAUCAUUUGUCAUAUAUGACAUCAGUAAUAAUCUUGGUAGCAAACCCACAUGGAAGAACGCCUUCAGAGAAACAUUUCAGAGUUCGCCUCCGAACUGCACCCUGGACACACACCUGUGGGCUCUGACCGACAUGAUUAAGAAGAUACUGAAGUUAGACUGCAUUAACAAACGAGAGAUUUUAAUGAAACUUCUUGCGGAUUUUGAGUCAUCCCUCAUGUCCUUGUAUCCAAAGCUCAUCUUUCAAGAUAAUCCUGAACACACACAUGCGGCAGAAAAUGACACCAACUCCAUGGAGUUAGAAAUCAGUGUAUGUGCACUCCUGGACCUCGUUGAAGUCCUCAGUGCUGCGAGGCUGUGGCAUGGCCUCUGCUCCUCCGUUCAGAGACUGGUGUUCCUCCAAACAUCAGCACUCAUCCGUCUGACGCUCUCCAACACAAAGGAAUUUGUAAAGAAGCGAGCACUGCUUUUGCUGAAGCGGAUUCUCGUUCAGAGAGCAGGAGAGGAAUGGGGUUUUGGUGAAACUCACUCUAAAGAGCGUGAUGAAGAGUAUUCCACUGAUUUGCUCGUGAUGGCUGACACCGUGCUCCAGGAAGUGGAAGCUGGUUGGCUUCGGAAAUUCCGCGUCAAUACUCGAGCGAGUUUCUUUGGCGGGAGCAAAGUGAAUGUUUCAGAUGGAGAAAUGAAAGAUGCUGUGAUGCUCAGGGCCGUGAGCCUGAUUCUGAUCAAGUGUCUGGAGAUUAAAGCUCGGCAUGUUUUGACUCAAGGAACUCGCUGUGCCCUUGAUGUUCAGCCUUUUCUUAUGGAAUUGCUGGCUUUUCUCCAGCAGCAGGUGAUUCAGGUUCAAGCGGUCACACAUCUCUGCUCUUGGAUCUUAGUAGUGUUUGCGGACCAGGAUGACGACCUGAUGGAAUCAGCCAAGGUUUUGGUUACCUUGUAUUUACAUCAGAGAAGUUUGAGUUCCUCAGACCCUGCAGCAUGUGAGUGGGGAUGCAACCCUCAUUGUCACUUUACUCUCCUACUCCAAAGUCUCUCCUUCGACCACACUGUCCUCCUGGACUUCCUCAUUUCUAAUGAAACCUGUUUCUUGGAGUACUGUGUUCUCUACCUGAAGCAGUUGCGCAACCACUGGCAGGAUUUCUGUAAUGCAUGUUGUCAUAUUGAAAACUCUGAGACUGAGAUACAUGCUCUGUCCCACCCACAAUGUUCUGAAGCAUUAUUAACAUCACAACCUCAUAAUGACCCUCAGUCUAAAGUUGCUGGAUCCAGGCCAAGUCUAGUGGAUUAUGAGAGUUCAGAGGAUUCUGAGGAUGAAGACAGCAGUGUGUUAAACUCCCAGAUUAGAAGGAACGCUGAGGAACCAGUAGCAGAGAUCGACAUGAGAAAAGCAGAACAGGCUGUGUCUGGAUCAGCAGAUACUGUGGAGAGAAUAUGCACCGGCUCCCUUGAGGGUCUGACUGGCAAGGUUAUGUUGUGCCUUACUGAAUUAAGGACUGUUAUCAGCCGACUUCACAGCAGGGGGCUAUUCCCAUACAACCCUAGUUCUCUUCUUAAAUUGCUGCUGGCUAUUGAGAGUAAAGGUCAACUGGAAAACCCAACAGUACCACAGCUUAAAUAAUUAAAGUGCCUUAAUGAUGUGCAGCUAAACAUUUUAUCUUCAGAGAAGACAAACGUCUUCGAUCAAAACCCUAUUAACCACCACAAAUUGGUUUAUACAAAGUAGACUUAUUUUGUUUGAGAUGAUGCCUUUUUUACUUAUGCAGCAGGGAGUAAUAAAUAUUUACAAUCCCGAUUCCAAAAAAGUUGGGACAAAGUACAAAUUGUAAAUAAAAACGGAAUGCAAUGACGUGGAAGUUUCAAAAUUCCAUAUUUUAUUCAGAAUAGAACAUAGAUGACAUAUCAAAUGUUUAAACUGAGAAAAUGUAUCAUUUAAAGAGAAAAAUUAGGUGAUUUUAAAUUUCAUGACACCACCACAUCUCAAAAAAGUUGGGACAAGGCCAUGUUUACCACUGUGAGACAUCCCCUUUUCUCUUUACAACAGUCUGUAAACGUCUGGGGUCUGAGGAGACAAGUUGCUCAAGUUUAGGGAUAGGAAUGUUAACCCAUUCUUGUCUAAUGUAGGAUUCUAGUUGCUCAACUGUCUUAGGUCUUUUUUGUUGUAUCUUCCGUUUUAUGAUGCGCCAAAUGUUUUCUAUGGGUGAAAGAUCUGGACUGCAGGCUGGCCAGUUCAGUACCCGGACCCUUCUUCUACGCAGCCAUGAUGCUGUAAUUGAUGCAGUAUGUGGUUUGGCAUUGUCAUGUUGGAAAAUGCAAGGUCUUCCCUGAAAGAGACAUCGUCUGGAUGGGAGCAUAUGUUGCUCUAGAACCUGGAUGUACCUUUCAGCAUUGAUGGUGUCUUUCCAGAUGCGUAAGCUGCCCAUGCCACACGCACUAAUGCAACCCCAUACCAUCAGAGAUGCAGGCUUCUGAACUGAGCGCUGAUAACAACUUGGGUCGUCCUUCUCCUCUUUAGUCCGAAUGACACGGCGUCCCUGAUUUCCAUAAAGAACUUCAAAUUUUGAUUCGUCUGACCACAGAACAGUUUUCCACUUUGCCACAGUCCAUUUUAAAUGAGCCUUGGCCCAGAGAAGACGUCUGCGUUUCUGGAUCGUGUUUAGAUACGGCUUCUUCUUUGAACUAUACAGUUUUAGCUGGCAAUGGCGGCUGGCACGGUGAAUUGUAUUCACAGAUAAUGUUCUCUGGAAAUAUUCCUGAGCCCAUUUUGUGAUUUCCAAUACAGAAGCAUGCCUGUAUGUGAUGCAGUGCCGUCUAAGGGCCCGAAGAUCACGGGCACCCAGUAUGGUUUUCCGGCCUUGACCCUUACGCACAGAGAUUCUUCCAGAUUCUCUGAAUCUUUUGAUGAUAUUAUGCACUGUAGAUGAUGAUGUGUUCAAACUCUUUGCAAUUUUACACUGUCGAACUCCUUUCUGAUAUUGCUCCACUAUUUGUCAGCGCAGAAUUAGGGGGAUUGGUGAUCCUCUUCCUAUCUUUACUUCUGAGAGCCGCUGCCACUCCAAGAUGCUCUUUUUACUGUAUACCCAGUCAUGUUAAUGACCUAUUGCCAAUUGACCUAAUGAGUUGCAAUUUGGUCCUCCAGCUGUUCCUUUUUUGUACCUUUAACUUUUCCAGCCUCUUAUUGCCCCUGUCCCAACUUUUUUGAGAUGUGUUGCUGUCAUGAAAUUUCAAAUAAGCCAAUAUCUCAUCUCAUCUCAUUAUCUCUAGCCGCUUUAUCCUGUUCUACAGGGUCACAGGCAAGCUGGAGCCUAUCCCAGCUGACUACGGGCGAAAGGCGGGGUACACCCUGGACAAGUCACCAGGUCAUCACAGGGCUGACACACAGACACCCAUUCACACUCACAUUCACACCUACGGUCAAUUUAGAGUCACCAGUUAACCUAACCUGCAUGUCUUUGGACUGUGGGGGAAACCGGAGCACCUGGAGGAAACCCACGCGGACACGGGGAGAACAUACAAACUCCGCACAGAAAGACCCUCGCCGGCCACGGGGCUCGAACCCGGACCUUCUUAUAAGCCAAUAUUUGGCAUGAAAUUUCAAAAUGUCUCACUUUCGACAUUUGAUAUGUUGUCUAUGUUCUAUUGUGAAUAUAAUAUCAGUUUUUGAGAUUUGUAAAUUAUUGCAUUCUGUUUUUAUUUACAAUUUGUACUUUGUCCCAACUUUUUUGGAAUCGUGGUUGUACAACCCUAAAUCAGAAAAAGUUGGGGCAGUAUGGAAAAUGCAAAUAAAAAGACAGCAGUGAUUCUUAAAUUUACUUUGACUUGUACUUCAUUGCAGACAGUAUGAACCUAAGAUAUUUUAUGUUUUGUCUGGUCAACUUCAUUUCAUUUGUUAAUAUACAUCCAUUCCUGCGUUUCAAUCCUGCACCAUGUUCCAAAAACAUUUGGGAUAACAGCAAUUUAGGGCUAGUAAUGAGGUAAAACACUUAAAUGAUGAUGUGAUUUGAAACAGGUGACAUCAAUAGAUUAGAUUGUAAUCGUGAUUUGGUAAAAAAUCAGUGUCCAGGAAAGGCCUAGUCUUUGAGGAUCGAAUAUGGGCCAAGGAUCUCCAGUUUGUCAACAAAUGCAUAAGAAAAUUAUUGAAAUGUUUAAAAAUAAUGUUCCUCAAAAAAGAUAGGAAGGGAUUUGAAUAAUUCGCCCUCUGUGGUGCAUAAUAGGACUGAAUGAUCCAAGGAGUCUGGAAGAAUUUUGCUGUGUAAAGGGCAAGGACUCAAGCCGAAGCUGAACACCUGUGAUGUCUGAUCCCUCAGAUGGCACUGCAUCAAGAACCAUCAUUCAUCUACAGUAUAGCUGAUAUAACCAUUUGGGUUCUGGAUUACUUUGGCAAACUUUUGUCAAGCACUACAAUACAGAGUUACAUCCACAAAUGCCAGUUAAAACUUUACUGUGCAAAGAGUAAGCCUUUAAACAUGUUUGCCAAUGAAAACAUCACCACCAAAUUUUAAAUGCAUGCACUGAAAUUUUUUGAGACGUUUUUGGUCACUCAUGAGGUGGAGACGCAUCAAAAAACAACUUGCAAAGCUCAGAGAACAAUCGGCAUGCAUCACACAAUAGGUGGCGAUGCUACCAAUUUUUCAUUCGCAAACCCAUCACAAGCUGUAGUGUGACCAGGGCCUAAUAUACUACUGCGUCUAAUGCUUUUGGCAGUAAUGUUGGGUUCCAGCACAGAGUGACCUAGUUGAACACUGGUCCCCAGUGCAGACCCUUUGUGCUGACCAAUAAUGCAUGCAAUUCAGCAAUUUGUCAAACUUCACUAAAAGAAGCUGCCUUAAACAAAAGCCGCUUAUACACUACCGUUCAAAAGUUUGGGGUCACCCAGACAAUUUUGUUUUUUCCAUGAAAAGUCACACUUUUAUUUACCACCAUAAGUUGUAAAAUGAAUAGAAAAUAUAAUCAAGACAUUUUUCUGGCCAUUUUGAGCAUUUAAUCGACCCCACAAAUGUGAUGCUCCAGAAACUCAAUCUGCUCAAAGGAAGGUCAGUUUUAUAGCUUCUCUAAAGAGCUCAACUGUUUUCAGCUGUGCUAACAUGAUUGUACAAGGGUUUUCUAAUCAUCCAUUAGCCUUCUGAAGCAAUGAGCAAACACAUUGUACCAUUAGAACACUGGCGUGAUAGUUGCUGGAAAUGGGCCUCUAUACACCUAUGUAGAUAUUGCACCAAAAACCAGACAUUUGCAGCUAGAAUAGUCAUUUACCACAUUAGCAAUGUAUAGAGUGGAUUUCUGAUUAGUUUAAAGUGAUCUUCAUUGAAAAGAACAGUGCUUUUCUUUCAAAAAUAAGGACAUUUCAAAGUGACCCCAAACUUUUGAACGGUAGUGUAUGCACAUCAUCCGUUGGUUACUAAUCAGAAGGUCAGGGGUUAAAGCCCCAGCACCACCAAAUUGCCACUUUUGGGCCUUUGAGCAAGGCUCUUAACCCAUUCUGCUCCAGGGUAGCUGUAUCGUAGCUGAGCCUGCACUCUGACUCCAACUUCCUAACCAACUGGGAUAUGCAAAGAUAAAAAUGUCACUGUACUGUUAGUUUUGGCCAGGCACCACCCAAACUCAUCAUCCUAUCAUCAGUUUUUCUUUGGCUAAUCAGACACAAGGUACACCACCACUCUUGCUGUAGCAGUUAAGUGCCUUGCUCAAGGGCACUUCAGCCAGUCCUGCUGGUCUAGGGAAUCAAACCAAUGACCUUUUGGUCCCAAAGCUGUUUCUCUAACCAUUAGGCCAUGGCUUCCCUCUAUUAAGCCAUGACUUCCUCAUGUGCUGUAAUGUGUAUAUGUAAUAAAUAAAGGCUUCUUCCUCUAGACUGGUUGAACAAACUGCUUAGCACCAAGUGCAGGUCCCAUAACUGUUUUGUUUGAAGAUCUAAGACAUUACACACCUGUUAAACAGGUUUUGACUAGUUUAUGUGGUUCUCUCAAAAAAAUGUUUUCCUUGUGUUGUCUUAGGGAGUUGCCACUGGCUUGUUCCGUACAAAUGGACAUCACAUUUCUGUAAGCUUGCUUUCUAACAAUGCCUGUUAUUA